CGAAGACUGGAAAGCAGCUGAUAGAAAGCUACUUUGAACUUGUUCACAGAGCCAACAACUGUGAGAUCUCUUCCCGCAGAUAAUGGCCUUCCAAAAAACACUCGGCUUCCUGGUGUUUUUCCUGUUGAUUGUUAACCCUGAGUUUUCCAGAGCCCAACAUUGGUCACAUGGUUGGUAUCCAGGUGGCAAAAGAGAACUGGAUCCACCUCAAUAUGAACCGGUUUCAGACGAACUCAAAUUAUGUGAUGGAGAGAACUGCAUUUUCCUGCAAAGCUCACAGAAAGACUUUGUGAGGAGCUUUUUGGUAAGAACUGUUAAGAUUUGUGACAAGGUGCCACACCACACAUGA